CUCACUCAUUGGUGCGUUGCCUUUAGAUCACCCCCAAAUUGCCUACCUUAACCUACUGUAGCCCAGCCCUAGAACAAACAAACGCGACGGAUUCAACUGCAUUAAAACCUGCCAGACUAAAAGGAAAAAAAAUUGAGCUGUGCCGCAUUGGGCGCGUUUGGAUUAUUUCAUACGUACUACCAGCAAGUACAACUUGUUUGAUUGAUCCCUUCACAAACUUAAACAAAAGGCCUGGACGCUCAACUUGGUCACAAUGUCGUUCUUCAUCCCAAACAAGAAUGUUGGCAACAAGGAGGAAAGUGAAGACUGGAGGAUCCGUGGAUACAACCCUCUCACGUCUCCCGAUCUCCUCCAACAUGAGAUCAGUCAGACCCCCGAGUCUAGGCAGACGGUGAUGCAGGGCCGCGAGGAGGCAGCUGCUGUUGUCAACGGCAACGACCCCAUGAACAGGUUGCUCGUCAUCGUCGGCCCGUGCUCCAUCCAUGACCCAGAAGCCGCCCUUCAGUACUGCGACAUGCUGGUCAAGGAGAAGGAGAAGCACAAGGACGAGCUGCUCAUCGUCAUGCGAGCCUACCUGGAAAAGCCCCGGACGACCGUCGGCUGGAAGGGUCUCAUCAACGACCCGGAUAUCGACAACAGCUUCAAGAUUAACAAGGGUCUCAAGAUGUCCCGCCAGCUGUUUGUCGACCUCACCAGCAAGGGGAUGCCGAUCGCUUCGGAGAUGCUUGACACCAUCUCACCCCAGUUCCUCGCCGAUCUCCUUUCUGCAGGCGCAGUCGGUGCCCGCACCACCGAGAGCCAGCUUCACCGCGAGCUGGCCUCUGGCCUAUCGUUCCCCGUCGGCUUCAAGAACGGCACCGACGGCACACUGGGCGUCGCCAUCGACGCUAUCGGCGCCGUUAAGCACCCCCACCACUUCUUGUCGGUGACCAAGCCGGGCGUGGUGGCCAUCGUGGGCACAGUCGGCAACGAGGACUGCUUCGUGAUCCUGCGCGGCGGGAAAAAGGGCACCAACUAUGACGCCAAGAGCAUCGGCGAGGCCAAGGAGGCUCUGGUCAAGGCCGGGCUCAGGCCGCGCCUCAUGGUCGACUGCAGCCAUGGCAACUCGCUCAAGGACCACCGCAACCAGCCCAAGGUCUCCCACGAGCUGGCCGAACAGAUCAAGGCGGGCGAGGAUGCCAUCAUGGGCGUCAUGAUCGAGAGCAACAUCAAUGAGGGCAGCCAGAAGGUGCCCAAGGAGGGCAAGGCUGGGCUGAAGCACGGCGUCAGCAUCACGGAUGCGUGCAUCUCAUGGCAGGACACCGUUACGGUGCUUGACGAGCUCGCUGCUGCUGUCAAGCAGAGGCGGGAGGCUGCGCAAAAGUAAUCAUGGUUUCUGCAAAAAGUCUGGUUUCAACGUGUUUCAACCCCACUGUUUAUGGUCAUAAUACAAAAGGGAAAAAGUUUGAUUUGCGUACAUGGCAACUCCACGAAGCCUUUCAUAUAUCUCUUGAUCGUGGCGUCUGUGAGAAAUGGGGUAAUGUAUAAGAUGCCAAAGUAACAGGGAUUCAUCAACACAUAGCACACAUUUGUUCUCUUUCCCACGACGGAUCUACCAGACUUCCCAGCGGCAUUCCUGAGUUUUCGCAGUGGACCGAGCCCCUGAAAUGUGGCACUACUGGCACAGCCCUCGUAAAGAAACACCAGCAAAGCCCAGAGGGUCUGGGCCUUGCCGCCAUGGAUACAUCUUGCUUCAGAAUAGAGAUUUCAGUGUUGGUGCCCUCCGUAA